AUGGAAGACGCACACGCCAAGACUGUGGCCGAGGUUUUCGUCCAACUUGCGGUGGAUCCCUCUGAGGGCUUGAGUGCUGAUGAUGUAUGGAGAUUGCGGAGGACGUGGGGUAGGAACGAGUUGUCCAAAGGACAAAAAAAAUCAUUUUUGAAGCUCGUGUUGAAACAGUUCGACGACGUGCUGGUAAAGAUCCUCUUGGCUGCCGCACUAACAUCUUUAAUUCUCGGGAUGGCAAAUAGCGAAGGCAUUUAUUCUUUGAUUGAACCAAGCGUCAUCGCCUGCAUUUUGAUCGCAAACGCCAUUGUCGGCGUGAUGACCGAAACAAAUGCGGCGAAGGCAAUCGAGGAGCUUGGGGCGUACCAAGCGGAAGUUGCGACUGUUUGUCGCGGCGGAAGCCUAACGGUGUGUCCAGCUGCUGAGCUUGUUCCUGGCGAUAUCGUUGAGCUCGCUGUUGGAGACAGGAUCCCUGCGGAUAUCAGGCUGUCAGGAAUAGUCGGGUCCACGUUUCGUGUAGAUCAAGCACCGUUGACCGGAGAAAGUGAGAGCGUAACGAAAACCAUAGAAAAAAUCGCAGCUACCAAGGCGGUCUUACAGGAUAAGACUUGCAUAGCAUUUAGCGGGACAAUCGUUACUGCGGGGCGAGCACAAGGUGUGGUGGUGGCAACGGGCAUGUCCACAGCAAUCGGACAGAUUCAAAAUGCCGUGACUGAAGUGGAUUGCAUGGAUGAAACGACCCCACUAAAACGAAAACUUGAUGAAUUUGGCACAUUCCUUUCCAAGGUGAUUGCCGCAAUAUGUAUUCUUGUCUGGCUCAUAAAUAUCAGGCAUUUUCGUGACUAUGCACACGGAGGCAUAUUUCGUGGCGCAAUCCAUUAUUUUAAAGUCGCCGUUGCUCUUGCAGUUGCAGCUAUUCCCGAAGGUCUGCCUGCGGUUGUAACGACAUGUCUUGCACUUGGCACACGAAAGUUGGCAAAACAAAAGGCAAUUGUGCGCACACUAUCCUCGGUUGAGACACUUGGCUGCACUUCGGUGAUUUGCAGUGACAAGACCGGGACAGUAACGACAAACAUCAUGACCAUAACUCAUGUGUGUGCGGUUAAUUUUGUCGAGGCAGCUGCCGAUGAUAAAAUUUCCUUGGCAGACUGCCUUACUGAUUACAAGGUGACUGGAAACGGUUGUGCCCCGGAAGGGGAUAUCUCAGAGGUACUCACAGAGAAAGUUGUUGACCGUCCCGCCAAUCUACCAUCAAUACUUCAUCUUGCCAUAUGUUCCAGUCUAUGCAAUGACAGCUCCCUAUCAUACAACGGAAAGACACAUAGUUUUGACAAGAUCGGAGAGUCAACUGAAGUGGCACUCCGAGUUCUCGCGGAGAAAAUUGGUUUGCCUGGCUUUGAUGAUAUGCCCAGAGCAUUGACGUACUUGAGCUUGGAAGAACGUGCGAGCCACUGUGCAACUUACUGGCGAGGGCAGUUUGAGCGAGUAUCUACCCUAGAGUUUGACCGAGAUCGCAAGAUGAUGAGUGUAAUCGGAAAGCGAAAGGGGCAGAGCAUUCUGUUUACAAAAGGAAGCCCAGAGGCAGUUUUGCUUCGAUGCACACGGGUACUCACCAAUUCAAAGGGCAUCGCGGAGCCAAUUUCGACACAAGUUCGAGAUGCAUUGACUGAAAAAUAUAGAACAUAUGCCCGCAGAUCCUUGAGGGUGCUGGCACUCGCAAUGCGUCCAAUAUCUUCAGACCAGUGUCAUAUAUCACCUUCAGAUGAAACCGGACUGACUUUUUUAGGCUUCUGCGGAAUGUUAGAUCCACCAAGGCCCGAGGUCAAAAGAGCAGUCGACGUUUGCAGAGGCGCGGGAAUUAGAGUCGUGAUGGUUACUGGAGACAACAAGCUAACAGCCGAGGCAAUUGCCAAACAAAUUGGUCUGGAUGAUUAUGGCGGAUCCGGAAUCAUGUUUCCGCCUGAUAGGUCAUAUGAGGGCUUAGAAUUUGAUGAAAUGGAUGGUCUAACUCAAAGCAAUGCUGCCCUAUCGAUGUCGGUCUUCUCCAGGGUUGAACCACUACACAAGACACGAUUGGUUGAGCUACUUAAGGCACACGGCCAAGUCGUGGCCAUGACCGGUGAUGGCGUGAAUGAUGCCCCAGCAUUACGUCUCGCAGAUAUCGGCAUCGCUAUGGGAUCAGGGACGGCAGUUGCAAAAAAUGCAGCAGAUAUGGUCCUUGCAGAUGAUAACUUUGCAACCAUUGUCACUGCUGUUGCAGAAGGCCGUGGUAUAUUCAACAACACGAAACAAUUUGUGAGAUACAUGGUCUCAAGCAAUAUUGGAGAAGUGGUUUGCAUUUUUAUCGCUGCUGCAUUAGGCCUGCCCGAGACACUAUGUCCAGUCCAGCUACUUUGGGUCAACUUAGUGACGGACGGCCUUCCUGCUACUGCUCUAGGUUUCAACAAGCCUGAGCAGGACAUCAUGCAGCGACGACCGCGUCGAUCAGAUGAACCGAUUGUGGAUAGGUGGCUUUUUGUUAGAUAUAUUGUCGUCGGCAUAUACGUUGGUUUGGAACUGCCAGAUGUCGUUUUCACUUUAAUUGGAGGAUUUGUUUGGUGGUACAUGUUUCACUCAGGCGGCCCGCUCAUGACCUGGCAUCAACUCACGAGCUUCACAGAGUGCGUAGAAGGAGUUGAAAAGUACAGUUGCGACAUUUUCUGGAAAAAUCGAGGUCCAAGCACUGUAAGCAUGACAAUUUUGGUUGUCGUGGAGAUGUUCAAUGCCCUUAAUGCUUUGUCAGAAAAUGAAUCGCUGUUAUCCCAAUCACCUUCAUCAAACCCUUGGCUCGUUGGAGCCAUCGUAAUCAGCUUACUACUACACGUGGCGAUUCUAUACGUUCCCUGGCUCGCCACCAUAUUCAGCGUGACUCCGCUUUCAUCCCAUGAGUGGUGUGCAGUUUUUUGGUUUUCCGUUCCUGUUAUCCUGGUGGACGAAACUCUCAAGUUUGUCACACGGAGUGGGCAGACAGCUAGGCACACAAUGUGGGAAGGCAAGUUGCCACCUGGACACAGGGUAAAUAUGAAGUAUCGCACUCGUUAUUGGUUCAGCAUCAUCUAA